AUUUAUUUAUUUUCGACAAGGAUAACGUGCUAGAUAAGAUAAGAUAUGGAAAAUUUAGAAUUCAAUGGACAAAAUUUAGAAAAAUAUGUGGAAAUAUAUUUGUCUAAGUUCCAUGAUUCCGAAAAUGAAUUAGAUAUUCAAAGAAAUAAAAUCGAUAAUUUUAAAAAUAUUCUACAUGAAUCAUUAGUCUUAAGGUCUGCUGUUGAUAAAUUAAAUACUCAAAUCAAGUUGGUAGAUACAAAAUUAUCUGCAACUCAUGAUCUUAAGAAACAGAUUGAUAAAAACCAGAAAGAAUUGCAACUUCAACAAAUACAAUUAAACAGAAUAUGCAAUGAAUUAGACCAGCUUAGUUUCCUUAUACAUUUUAGUAAAUUAGUUAGUUCGAUUCAAAAUGGUAUCACACAAUUGCUAGAAAAUGGGAAAUUGGUAAAUAGCUCAUUAAUAACAGGGCUGAUAGACCUAUUUAAAAAUUUGAAAGAACUUAAAAUAAAACUUGUUAGCUAUAAGGGUAAUCAAUAUUUUGAUGAAGAUAUAUAUCAACAGUUAAGAGAUAAAAUAUAUCAGCUUUUACAUUCAUUGAACAAAAUAUUAGUUGAUGUAUGGAAUGAAAAUAUCACCAUUAAAGAACAUAAAACAAUUCAGGAUCAAUUAGAGAUUGUUAUUUUACAAUUGCCACCAUUCUGUUUAUGCGGAGAUGUUUGGAUCAAACCAUGUACCUUUUUAUUAGAUUGCCUUCACCAAAUCUACCUCUUAUUAAAUUUAGAAGAAACAGUUAACGACGUCGAUAAUUGUUUGAACCGCGAAGAGCCUUUGCGAUCUUUUUACAAGAAGUUGUGGAAAUUCUUGUACGAACCCUUGCUUAAAUUUUACGCCGAUCGCCUCGAUAGGUGCAAGCAUGGGGACAUUACCUUUUCCGAGAUAUCCAUUUCGGCCGCCGUCAAUUCUACGAGUCUCGACCAGAAUAUCCAGAAAAAAACGUUAGAACUUCGUUUCCACGAGGAAUCUUCUGAAUCCUGCGAUGGCGAUAAAGAAACCCCGCCUAAAUACUCUUUCAAUAACCUCUGUAACGAUAUGUGCGACCAUUUGAACCGGAUAGAAAUUUUCUUAACUUUCAACUUCGAUUUGGACGCAUCCAAAACCGAUAAAAUAUUCGGGUUGAAUCAGCUGAUCGGUGCCGAGAGGCCGAAAACGUGUUUGGAAUACGGCGGUAUUUACGGUCAACUUAACCGAGCGAUUUCUGAAAAGAUUUUCGAGCCCAAUAUCCCGGAAAAUAUUGAGGGAUACACGGAUUUCCGCGAGGGUUUGUCGUACCUUGUUCGAAAUUUGCGCGGCGUCGCAUUGACAGCUGAUCUGGAGGGCGUCGGCGAUAUAUCUAAAAUUUAUUUCUCAAAAUUUUUGCGAAAUUUUUCUGCCGCUAUAUUGGCAAAAGCUCGAAUUAUAAUAUCGAAAUCCGGGGACUGUGCCACCUACCUGAAAACGAUAUCCUCUAAAGAUAUAAGUAUAGCAAAUGAUACGAGUGUGACGAUUGACGCUGUCGGUCAAAACUAUUCUAAAACUGAUCUCGAAACCCCGAAAAGUAUCGCGGAAUCCUUGGAAAAAUUCCAAACACUUUUCCAGGAAUUAAACGUAGAAAAAUAUUUGGGAUGUGACUCCCUGGAUUUUCCCGAAUGCCAAAUCAGCGAAAUAAUGAAAGAAUUACUCGCUGAGAUCCGCCAGGUAUCCUUUUUAGGGCACGAUGAAUCCAUAAUUCGAGCGUUCGACGAAGACGAAGAUUCGGAUGUGAAGAGUUUCCCGCAAUUUUGUUCCACCGUCGACAAAACUAUUCGUGAUAUCGUUGAAUUAUUUAUAAAUCUUACGCCAGCCAUCAAUUCGAACCCUCAGAUUUCCCAAAUCCCUUUGUAUUCCAUUGUCUACAUGAACGACUGCUUAUUCCUGGCGCAUCAGUUGAUUCGGUUAGACGCCCAUACCCGGAAUCUUCGAGCAGGGUUAGUUAAGGUAAAUAAUAUACCCGAUAAAAAUAGGUCUGAAGAUGAUCUCCACGAUAUCGAGCCCUUGUUACAUGCCUACGCUUACGAGCUCAUGGCAAAGGGGGUAGGUACCUUCAAGGUCCAGCUAUUUGCGAAUCAAUUCAAGAUUAUCAAAGAUUUCGUAGUUGAAUAUUUUGACGGCUUGAAUACGGAUAAGAAUCUCGAUGCAAUACCCUCCGACAAACCGCUCAAAAAAUGUUGCCUGCAUUUGAAGAAUCUUAAAAAACUUUUCGCGGGUCACUUACCACGUGGAAUAUGGCAAAAAUCUUUGGGUUCGUUAUUGGAUCACGAAUUGAAUACCAUCAUGGCGAAAGUUUUAGAAAUGGACGAUAUCAGUGUGAAAUGUAGCGAAUCCAUGUUAAACCAUUUCGGGGUUUGUGUAAUCGAUGAUGCGAUUUCGCUCUUCGACUCUACCGCAGAUUUUGCUUAUAAAGAUAGCCCAUUAUCAGAGAAUUCCUUCUCGAACCCCCAGAUUUACAGUCGUUCUUUAGCCAAAUUCAAAGGACUUUUGCAAAUUUUGGAGAAACCCAUGUCAGAAAUAGCUGAGAGUUGGCUUAGACGCGAAACACCCGAUUCGAUUGCGAAAUUUACGAACGGUAUCCCGUUAUUCACUGCCAUCGAAUUAAGGCGUUUAAUCCGAGCGUUAUUUCAAAAUACCGAACAUAGGAAGAGUAUAUUGGGAAAAAUUAAAUAAACUAUUUAUUACCUUAUAUUG